UGUUUCGGCAGUUUCGCGCCCUCCCCCCGUCGGAUCCCCUCCCUCUUAAAGACUGUUUCUCUCUCUCUCUCUCUCUCUCUCUCAGUCUCUUCCAAAGACCUCUAUCUUUUACGAGUUAGAUCGGAGAAAGAGGAACCUUGGCCAUGGCGAAUCCUGUCGAAGCAGAUUCAGCGAGGGAGAAGAGGAAUGGUCCUCUGUUUGAGAUUUCAUAUCAGGUUUCUGCGGAGAUUGAGACUUGAGCUGAAGUCUUUUUACCUUCUGAUGAUUGAAAUUGGUUCUCCUUCGAGGGGCUCCGACCAAGUGAGUCUAAUCGUUUAUUACGCUUGUGGAUAGAGGACUAAACCCAUAGAUUUGUGUGAAAAAGGGGUAAGAUUACAUUGUUUUAGUUUUUAAUUGAUCUGGAGGAGAGGGAGCAUUGGUGCUGCAACCUCGAGCAGAUUAGGGUUUGAUUUAUAUCCUUUUCCUUCGUUAUGGGCGACGCGAGAGACGACUUUAUGGAUAUUGAUUCAAAUCUUGGACUUUCUGUUCCUUUAUCUCCCAAUUCCGACCCAGAUUUAGGGCCUCUAUUGGCUGAAUGGAGAAACAUAGAAGAACGUAUUCGACACUUAGAAGCAGUUACCGUCAGGGCUAGGAAUUGGUGUAGGUGGAGGCAAGGAAGGCUCCUGCCUGAGACGAGGUAUAUUCCGGUGGAAAUGAUCAGUAGCUCCCGUAGCUUGACUGGACUGCAAACUGGGGAGGGCAGUGUAGCAGUGGAAGAUAGAACAAUCGCUGAGAGCAAUCAAGUACGCAAAGGGAAGGCCAGUGAUUUAGUUGCUAAGGCGUUGGGGUUGUGCAAGGAUGCAAAGAAGGGUACUGCUAGUUUCUUUGAGUGCAAUAUAUGCUUGGAUGUAGCUAGGAAUCCUGUCCUUACUUGUUGUGGUCACUUGUUCUGUUGGCCCUGCCUUUAUCAGUGGUUACACAUUGACUCGGAUGCCAAGGAAUGUCCGGUGUGUGAGGGAGAGGUCACAUAUAUGAACAUUACACCGAUUUAUAAUGGUGGAAAUGAUAACCAAGAGUCUGGGAAGGAAGAUGAGUCGGGAGUGAAGGUCCCUCCAAGACCCCAUGCACGGGCAGCCGAUAGCUUGAGGCAAUGGAUCAAUUGGGCUGAUCAAAUUGAGGAUUCUUACCUUGCGCAGAUAAUUAGGCAAAUUGGAAAUAGGUUUGAUGUGAUGGGGGAGUGUACUCCACCUCAAGAUAUUGAUGUUGUUGAUAAGAUGCGAGAUAGAUCGAAUUCCCUAGAUCAAAACACCACCACGAACUCAACCUCAGACUUCGAUUAUUUAACAACAAACAGCAUAGAGAACUUCAAUUUCCCAGCAACCACCUCAGACUCAUACUCAGACUCAAGCUCAAGCUCAAGCUCAAGCUCAAGCUCAGUCUCAAGCUCAGACUCAAGCUCAGACUACUCAAGCUCAGACUCAAGCUCAGACUCCGGUAACUGCAGUUCCCCAGCAACCACUGCAGGCUCAAACAUAGCCUCAGCCACUUUUUAUUUUUGGUGAAAACAGCCUCAGCCUAUUUAUCAACAAACAAAACAGCAAACUGUAGUUACCCCGACACCACCACAGACUCAACCUCAGACUCAGCCAAUUUGUCAACAAACAGUACAGAGACCCAAAGGUGAAUGACCUAAAUCAGGAUAUGUAUGGAGGUGCCGAGCCUGGUCAGAGAAGUAUGCAGCAGUGCAGGGAAAUAAUGGUUUUUUUUAACACACUGCUUCAGAGUGGCGCCACUGGUGCUGCUUUGCAUGUAAGUAGGACUUUGGUGCAAGGUAUUAUGGAUGGAGGUGGCGGUGGUGGUGGAAGGGACCCAAAUCAAUUUGGGUAUGGAGCUGCCGGGCGUGAUACUGAUUUUGGUAACCCAAACCAGGUUUAUUAUGGAGUUUCAGUGCAUGAUACUGAUCUUGGUAACCAAAACCAGGUUGAUCAGUAUGGAGCUGCCGGGCAUGGUAGUGAUCUUGGUGAUCCAAACCAGGGUGGGUAUGGAGAUAUCGGACAUGAUAAUCAUCUUGGUGACCCAAACCAGGUUGGGUAAUGAGAUGCCAGGCCUGAUCAGAUGAGUGGGUACGAAAAUGUUGAUUAUAGUUUCUGGUGGAAUGUGGAUACUACUACCAAUUUUAGUGGCAGCAUUGGUGGUGGUGGUGGCUGUGAAUUUAGUGGAGAUUUUACAGAAAGCUAUGGUGGUGGCAAUGUUGUUCGUGACUGUGAUUUUAGUCCAGAUUUUUCAGCAAGCUAUGAUGACACCAAGAUAUGCAAAUGUAUCAGGAAAUGUUUGUGCUUCCAGUCUUUCUUCCCUUUUGUCUCUGCAAUAGAGAUCAUCGUCGUCACCUCUGUUGCAGCACCACCAGAGAGAACAACCUAAAGUAUAUUUUUUUGAAUUAAAUUGAUUCCAGCCUUACCAUCGAUACUAUAAAUGCAUCCUCUGCUAUUGUUUCCCUUAAACCUUUUGUUGCUCUUAGAAUAAUCCCUGUAACUAACAGACCAUUGGAGUGGCUUUUACAGAUCUAGAAGUCCUCUACGUCUCCUUGUUUACAUCUACAGGCCCCAUUUGGUUUAGGAUCUGAACUGAUCAGCAAUGACAUUAGUAUAAGUCAAUGAUCAAAUGCUGCUGUUUUCUUCAUAACUGAGAGAACCUACAUGAAGGCGUUCAAAGUUCAAAUAGCAAAUUGAGGUUCUUUUUACCUUAUUCUUUUGUUGAAUAAAAAUGAUUUUAAAUAAAAUUUUACAAGAUGAAAACUUCCA